GAGCUUCCAAACAACCCCAACAUAAACACCCAAUUCCAUCUUCAACAUACAUCAAGAUGGCUCCAGCAGACUCGGCACGGAUAGUGGAGGCGAAGAAGUUGACAAAGUCAAAUCCAAGAGAGGCGGAAGCACAGUACAAGGAGAUCAUAUCCAAAACACCCUCUGCGACUUCAGAUGCUGCGGUACGAGAGUAUGAGACUGCUCUGGUCAGUUUAGGAGAAUUAUACCGGGAUCAGAAGAAGCCAAAUGAGCUGGUAGACCUCAUCACAACAAGUCGGACUGUACUGUCUUCGUUCGCAAAGGCAAAGACAGCAAAGCUCGUCCGCCAACUGCUCGAUCUUUUCCACGGCAUUCCCGAUACAACCGAUACCCAAAUCACUGUCACAAAGUCCUGUAUCGAAUGGGCAACCUCUGAACGACGAGGCUUCCUCCGCCAGAACCUCGAAACCCGUCUCGUAACCCUCUACAUGACCAAAGCCUCAUACUACGAUGCCCUCACUCUCAUCAACAGCCUCCUCAAAGAGCUCAAGCGCCUCGAUGACAAGCUUGUCCUCGUCGAAGUCCAACUCCUCGAGUCGCGCGUCUACCAUGCUCUAGGAAACGUAGCCAAAGGCCGCGCAGCCCUCACCAGCGCCCGCACAUCCGCCGCAUCAGUCUACACGCCUCCUCUCCUCCAAGCAGGUCUAGACAUGCAAUCUGGAAAGCUCCACGCCGAAGACAAGGACUUCAACACUGCAUUCUCAUACUUCAUCGAAGCGCUAGACGGCUACCACACACAAGACGAGCCCGAGAAAGCCACCGCCGCACUCCAAUACAUGCUCCUCUGCAAGAUCAUGCUCAACCUCGCCGACGACGUCAACCAGCUCAUGACCAGCAAGCAAGCUGUCAAAUACGCCGGCAAGAACCUCGAAGCCAUGAAAGCCGUUGCGCGCGCACACUCCAACCGGUCCCUCGAGGAAUACGAGAAGGCCCUCGGCGACUACAGACACGAGCUCGGCAGCGACCCGUUCAUCCGCAACCAUCUCCGCCGGCUCUACGACGCCAUGCUGGAGCAGAACCUCAUCAAGGUGAUCGAACCGUUCUCUCGCGUUGAGAUCGACCAUAUUGCUAAGAUGGUGGGACUGGAUACGCAGCAGGUGGAGCGCAAGUUGAGCCAGAUGAUCCUCGAUAAAGUGAUUAUUGGGGUUUUGGACCAGGGGGCGGGGUGUCUGAUUAUUUUCGAUGAGACGGAGAGGGAUGAGGGGUAUGAUUCUGCGUUGGCGACGAUUGAGAAGUUGAGUAGUGUGGUUGAUGUGCUGUAUACUAACCAGGCGUCUAUGCUUGAAUGAGUGGGCGAAUGGGUAGAGGGAGAGACUCGUUUGGCUGGCUAGCUGGGGUGGGAGAUUUGAGGGCGGAGUACUCCUAGAUGGGCUUGGGAACCACAUGCACUGUAUCAUAGAGGCGUAGAUGAUGGAUGGAUGGAAGGAAGGAAGGAAGGCAGCCAAAUGAAGAAAAAAAUCAAACUUAUUGCCAAAUGAUUCUCAUUCCCAUCUCCGUCAUAGGCGUUUUAAAUCGAAGCAAAAACUAUCUGUCUGAACAAACAGAUAUUCUCCAGUUAUCGACUGCUUUUGCUCAAGUGAAGCCGUUCGAAACUGUACAGAUGAGGCUACGCGGUAAGAUUUAUAGCUCAGCUCGCUCGUGUAUCAUCUUAAAGAGGGUGGGUUCUAUAAUCUCCUGCGUUGUAAUUACACGCACAGUUUGUUACCUCGGCCUUUGUCAGGAGCUCAUGUGGAACAGGACGCCGGAACUUUCCCUGCAUUACCCAGCCCACUAGCAUAUAUCAAUGGGAAAAACUCGUAGAGUAUCUAUAAAUAAGAGUCUUG